AUGAUGUCUAAGAGUGGCAAGUUGAGAUCCCUUGUUCGGGAGUUGAAUACCAACUACAGCCAGGAUGCUGGAGCCAUGUGCUUACCUGCCUUGGAAAAGGCAAUCAAGGAGGUAGAUGGGGCGUACGACGCCUGCAACGAAGCAUGGGCACUGGGAGAGGCUGACAAAUUCCGGAGUCAGAAGUUUGUUGACACGGCGGAGGAACAGAUGAAGAAGGCAACCUUCACGUGCAGCAAAGCUCUCGCAGUUGAAAACAAGAUCAGGAACGCAAAGAAGUACUACUCCAAGAAUGCGAGGGAGGUGGCAGCGCCCAAAGGACCGAACAAGGGAGUGAACAAGGGACCGACCAACAAGUCCGGCAAUACUGAGCCGGAAACCACUGCAAAGUCAAAGGGUGCCAAGCCGGUCAAAAAGACCGCCAAGGGCAAGUCAAAUCAGAGCACUGCCUUGUGGGAGAAACCACUGCAUGCGAAGCUCAAAGGGUUUAAGAAAACCAGAUUGCAGAUCCGUGCUGACAGUGCAGCCCCUUGCGCUGGGAUCAUUCGAUCCGCGAGAGGCUUUGUGAGAGAUGUGGGCAGGGAAGCCGCUGCUAGGUCAGGUGGUUUGCUGAAAUUAGCCAGCCGUUCUGUUGGUCAGGCAGAAAGGGAUUGCCACAGGCUGGUUGGUCAAUAUAACCUUGGCCUGCCAAUUCCCAAGACGGAUCUGAAAACUGGACGUGGUUUCUCAAUACCUGUACUGAGACUUCGUGAUUGGGCACAAUUCUUGAUUGAUGGAAACCACUCUCAUAUGCUGGUCGGGCUGCGGAAGCCAGAUUGGGAACGUGAGACUGCCAUACUCAAGAAAUUUUGGGAGCUGUUUCGUUGCCAGAAUCCUGACCAUCCGGUGUUCGAACAAUCUCGUCUUGGCAACUUGGAUUUAGGGAAAACUUUUCCCAUGGUUUUUCAUGGGGACGAAGGCAGAGGAAGAAAGCACACUCCUCAACUUGUUCUCAAUUUCCAUUCGGUGCUUGGAAGAGGUGUUCGGGUCAAAAACAAGAAGAAAGCAGGCUCUUACAUCAAGAUGUCUCCCAAUUUCCAUGGCCACUCGCUCACUACGAGGUUCUUGCUUGCAGCAGUGCCAAAGGUUCUCUACAGCUGGGACAACGAUGAAGUUUGGCAAGAUUUGAUGCAGCUCGCGACAGAUGAGGCAAAUUUUAUGUUUUAUGAAGGCGUGCUCGAUGGCACAUGUCGACGUGGCAAGUUCAACAUGGCUUUGCUUUUUAUCUCAGGAGAUUGGCCAUGGCUUGCUGAUUCGGGCAACCUGGCGAGGAGCUACCGCAAUGUGCAGAAAAAGAAGAACCAGCAAAGACACCUUGGCAUUUGCCACAUGUGUGCUGCGGGCCAGACCGGCUAUGACUUUGAGGAAAUCAACUCCCGGCAGCCGCAGUGGCUUCGCACGAUGUUUACGCUGGACUGCUUCUCCGAAGGUGGACCCCCACCAUUUGCAGAUCUACCUCAUGUGCCAGGGCGUCUGGCAGAGCUAUGGAGGUUUGAUGCUUUUCAUACCCUUCACUUGGGCGUGUGCAAGAUCUUUUUGUCCAGUUCUUUGGCCCUGCUUUCAGAACUCCAGCCAGAAUCUGCGAUCGACGACAGAUUCGCAUCCCUCAGUGCAUUGUAUCUGUCAUGGUGCAAGACACACAGCGAACGGCCAUGGGUGAGCAAAUUGACCAAGGAAUUGCUCAAUUGGCCAAGUACUACAGUAUUCCCGACAGGAAGCUGGCACAAGGGUGCGCUUUCGACAACAUUGAUGAGAUGGUUUCAAUUUCGCUUUGAACGUGAGGGUUCCAAUUGGCCUCCGAUGCUUGCACGGGCUGGUGAGGCAUGUGUCUUGAUGAACGAUUUCUUGAAGGGCCUAUAUGAUGCAGAAGCCUGGUUGCCCGCGUCAACUGCACAAAAAAUCGCUGAAAAUGGUUUUGCAUUUUUGAUUCAAUAUGCUCGCCUGGCUCGGAUGGCAUACCUGGAAGGAAGGCUGCUGUGGUCAUUGCAGCCCAAACUGCACUGCCUCCACCAUUUGGUAAUCUAUCUCUUUGAGUCUUCUGUAUCUGGACAUCGCGUACUCAACAUCCUUUGUUUUUCAACCCAACAAGACGAAGAUUUUGUAGGGCGACCGAGUCGUCUGGCUCGUCGAGUCACCCCCAAAGUCUUGCAAAGCUGCCAUCGCGUCCUGGACAGAUAUUUAAUUGCCACACAUUCGCAGUGGGUGAAGGAUCGAUAUCUGCUGACACCAGAAGCAAGUGCUGGCUCGGUGUCAAGAUGA